AUGUCCAUUAUGAAGCAGAGGCUACCACUGGGAGAGUUUUCCAGCUCGAAGAUCAACAAGCUGGCAAUUGCCAAUAUUGCAGACGUUAACGAGGCUAGGAGCCAUGGGGAGAACAACGUCGGCGCCGUAUGCCUUCCCUCUAUCAAGAGUUUGAUGGUCAGUCCUGAAGUAUACGAAAAUUCGAAGAGUCUGCCUAUUCCCUUAGUGAGGAGCGGUGGUGGAGGUAUAGCUUGCGCCAGUAAGACAUCAUGCCAGGAUAGUGUUCGCGCGAAGGCAAUGCCCAGAGACUAUUCUGAGCUCUCUAAGAAGUUGCAAAUUCGUUUACAGUUUGCCUAUUAUAAAUACAAGACUAAGCAAACAAACAAAAAUUUCACAGACUUGAAAUCAAAGCAUAGCAUUACGAGGCCCUCCGAGGUCGCCACCCACACUAAGUCAGAGCCUUUAGCCAAGAGAAGGAAACUGGUACUAUCUCAGGGUCAUUAUAAGACCCCUGCCAAGUCUAGGAUCAAAACUCCAUAUUCCAUUUGCUCUCACGGUAAUACAUCUUCCUUUACAUGUUUCCGCGGUGGAAGCGAAGGUUUGAGUAUUACUGCAGAUAUGAACAUUGCAGAUACCACUACACCAAUACGCAACAACAUAAACACAAAGCAUUCAAACAGUCAUAAUCGCACGCUGUAUCAGAGGCAAGAAACACCUACAAGCAUCAAAGCUGCUAAAUCUUUAAUUCAUCUCUUUACAAGUAACCAAUAG